CACAGCGAGUGUACAGUUUAUUAUUGUUGACAUACUCGCUCACACAGUCGUCAUUAGUACGGCGAAACUCGAAUAGAGAGGUUGCUCCUCGGCAUAUCGUCAGAUUAUUCUUCGAGAAACGCGAUUAUUUUCUACAUUUAUUAUAAUUAGCGAUACAUAAGCGUAUCGAAACGAUUGUAAUUAACCAUUCGCUUUAAAUUGCUCGAAGUUAUUUGUUGAUGUUAUAUAUACAUAUAUAUAUUUCAAGGCGGCAAAAUAAAUUAGUUGUCAUACAAAGGUAUUCGGCCUUAACGACGUACAGUGUACAGCGUAUUAUUGUUAACAUUCUUGCUCACACAGUCGUCAGUCAUACGGCGAAACUCGAAUAGGAAGGUUGCUCCUCGGCUUAUCGUCAGAUUAUUCUUCGAGAAAGACGAUUAUUUCCUACAUUUAUUAUAAUUAAUGACAUAUAUGCAUAUCGAAAUGAUUGUAAUUAACCAUAUAUUCGCAAGGCUUUAAGUUGUUCGAAGUUUUUGUUAUUUUGACACGCGUUGACUUCAAAUAUAAUACAAUUCUUAUGUGAAACAGAAAAUUAAUUUGUAAUCGCGGAGUUCGGGAGUACCAUGUAAAGUGCCGCUCGUCCGUUUUAAUUGUGCCGCGAAUGAUUCGUUAUGUUUUAAUUAGUUUGAGAUGUUAUGUAGAGUGUCACGUCUUAAUUAAUUUAAUAGUGCCGUGUACAAAACAUCGCAUGUUCGAAUUCGGGAGUGCUGUACAAAACGUCGCGCGUCUGUUCUUAUCAUAUCGCAUAAUAAAUAGUAAUGUACUAUAAUGAACCCCUUCCAUAUUUUUGCGAGUGUGAGUGCAAUGAACUGUGUAAGUGCAAUGAAUCCUGACAAUCUGAAAAAAGAAAAAGUCUGGGAGGCGACGGCGACGGCGGAACAAUCUAUGGCAUCAACAUAACUGACAACCCUGACAAUCUGAGGAGGAGAAGGAGGUCUAGAGGAGAGUCAUCGGGCACCGGCAGAGCAACCACUUAGGAUUAACUAUUGUCUAGUAUCAUUCCGCUGUUGCGCAUCGUACUGGUAUUUGUCCAAGUGCAAGUUACAGCCACCAACAACCCUUCCAAGCAUUGAUGAAAGCAUUGGCGGCUCAUGGCCACAGGGUUACCGUAGCAUCAACAAUUCCUUUAAAGAAUCCUCCAUCGAAUUAUGAGAACGUUGACUUAUCAUUUUCCUAUCGGAAAAAGGAUUGCACAGAAUUAAGACAUAUGGGAGCCUAUACGUUACUUCAUAAAAAUAUGUGGGAAGCGAAUGAAUUAUGCAGGGAGCAAUUAUUCAGUCUUGCCAUCGACAAACUUAUAGCGGGCAAUAAGACAUUCGACGGGAUCAUUAUAGAGCAAUUAUGGUUCCAGUGUUAUUACGCCCUCGUAAAGCACUAUAAUUUCCCGGUGCUGAUGGGAUUUUUAAGCGUAGGCAACUUGCCCUACGUAAUGGAUUCCGUAGGAAAUCCAGACGAUCCUAACUUGAAUCCAGACAUGGCGUAUCCAUUCACGGACAAAAUGACAAUCGUUGAACGUAUACAGAAUAUCCUUUACACAACAUGGACAAGAUUAUAUUAUCAGUACUGGCAUUUACCAAGGGCUCAACGCAUCGCUAACAAAUGGUCGCCCGGUGUAUCCGUUUAUGAUAUUGAUAAAAACUUCAGUCUGGUAAUCUUGGGCAACAAUCACGUGUUUGGUUAUCCAAAACCAUUACUGCCACAUGUGAUAGAAGUUCAUAGUUUGCAAAUUUCGGAAAAAUCCGAAUCCCUGCCCGAGGAGAUCCGGGAAUUUCUGGACAACGCACGGGAUGGUGCCAUUUAUUUCUCUCUGGGUUCGAAUCUACAAACUCACCAGCUACCCGCCGGGCCUUUGACCGCAUUGUGCAACGCCCUGGGUUCGCUCAAGCAAAGAGUUCUAUUGAAACAUGACGGGUACAUGGCCAUUCAUCCGACCAACGUCAAAUUUGUGAAGUGGGCGCCCCAGCAAGCGGUCCUCGCGCAUCCCAGGGUGAUGGCGUACGUGAUGCAGGGCGGAUUGCAGUCGUUGCAAGAGGCAGUACACUAUUCCGUACCGGUAGUCGCAAUUCCCUUUUUCGGGGAUCAACUUUUCAACGCACGUAAAAUCCUAGACGCCGGUAUCGGACUGACACUGGACAUCGACACCAUGACCGAGAGCUCUAUCGUACAAACGCUCCGAGAGAUCGUCGAAAAUAAAACGACUUUGUCAUAUUUAAUCGCUAUUCUUGAACCUGCAUACAUGGUAGAUAUGUGUCUAAAAAGAUAUCUGAAUAAUAUCAAAACAAUGUCGGCAAUUGUGAAAGACGAACUAAUAAAACCAAUGGAGAUAGCAGUGUGGAAUGUAGAGCACGUAUUAAAAUUUCCAAAUUCGAGACAUUUACGGUAUCACGGACGUGAUAUGUCAUGGAUAGAUUAUUAUGCAGCAUAUCUGUAUCUGAGUGGGGGUCUCGCUCUUUUAUUAUAUAUCGGUUAUAUAUUGAAUAUGAAAAAUAUUGGCAUUUUUAUUAAAAGCAAAUGGAUAAAUGUCUUGAAACGAAAACUUGAUUAAUAAUGCAAAUUUACAAUAAUAAUUAAUAGAAUAAAAAUUGAUUAUAUGCAGACAAUAAGAGUUGA